AUGGCUGGUUCAAUAACACGAGCCCUUAAUUGGGAUGAUGUGUAUGAACAACAAUUCAUAGCCGUUACACCUGUUGGAGAUGAAGUAAUACUUUACCAAACUAAUCAUGAAAGCACAACUUCUGAAUCAAAUUCUAUGAUUCAACUACUGUCUAGGUCAGGAUUCGACGCAAUUCAAUGUUCCUCAUAUUCAAAAGUUAAACAAGGAAUAAUUGGAGUUGGUUCAUCAGAUGGGACAAUUUCGGUUUUUGACAUAUCUAAUCCUUCAUUACCUACUUUGCAUCUACGACCAAAACAAGCUAGAGUAUGUAAUUCAAUAUCUUUUAAUGAUUCCAACUCCAUUGUUGCGGGUUAUGAAAAGGGAAAAUCAGAUAAUUCCUUACAGAUUUGGGAUAUAGAAGAAUACGCAUCCGAAACAUUAAAUAAUUUUAACGGAAUAUCUCAUGAAAGACGUCCAAUAUCAUCAUACAUUCCAAAUGAAAGUAUACUAUCAGCAAUAUAUUAUGAAGAUAAUUCCACUAGUAUUUUAUGUGGAACUAAUAAAUAUUUAAGAGAAAUUGAUACUAGAACGGACCAACCUAUAUUUCAACUAGCUACUAAAUGUACAUUGGGUAUUAUAAUUGAUCCCUUUCAACCUCACUUUUUUCAAUCAUAUAGUGAUGAUGGUUCGCUAUCUAUAUGGGAUAGAAGAAAAUUGACAAAUAAUCAAAGGCAACUAAAAUCAUCAAGCUCAAGCUCUACUACUACAAUAGAAAGCCCUAUCUUGCAUUUCAGUAAAUUACUUCAGGAUUCUACAUUAAAUAAAAAUGUUCGCCCUUGUGUUAGAUAUUCAUCGACACGAAGGGGUGAAUUUUCUGCUAUUUUCAACGGUGACUUAAUCAGAAGAUGGCAUACAGGUGUUGUUCCUUCUGACAGAAUCGCAUCAACUGCAACCUCAGCAUCAUCAACAAAUCACAAAUCAACCGAAAAUACAAUUCUACAAAACUUGACUCAACAAUCUGCUAACCUUUACAAACCUAAUGAUGAAUCCCUUUUUGUUUCAAUGGUCUUAGAUGUCAAAACCGAUUAUGAAAAGGUUGUGUCAUAUGAUUAUUCACCUGAUAUUUUAUCUUUGACAUCGACUAACUUUGUUUGCAUGAGACAAUCAGGUACGGUGUUUCGAAUGCCAGUCGUUGAGUCCAUUGAAGCUAUGGAUUUUAAUCCUAAAAAUGAAUUUACUAUUGUUGGUCCUGAAGGUCUUAUGACCAAAUUUUUAUCAACCGACAAAAUUCAAAAUGAUAUUUUAAAUUCAAGUAAUAAAAUUGAUAAGUACGCGCAAAUUGGGAACUUAUCUUUAGAUGACCGAUACAGAGAAAACCUUAGUAGUGUUGAUGAUGAAAAUUUGGACUUAGCAACUAGUACCAAUGACGAUGGCAGUGUGAUAGAAAAUAAUAUAAUAAGAAAAAAUCAAUUAUCUUCUCAUAAUGAGGGGUUUGAAUAUCCAUUGGACGCUUAUGUUGACUCAAACGCAAUUUAUACUAAUGAUAUUUGCUACAUCAUUCGAAAUAGAGUUUCGAUGGGGUACGGGGUUAAUCCAGAUAAAAACAUAGAGAUUUUAGAGGAAUUAGAUCCAAAUGAUAAUCAACUAGCUUUAAGGCAUUUUUGGAAAUGGCUCUCUCUUGCCAAGAAGGCAUUAGACAAAGGAACAAUGAUAUCGGACGGGAUAGAUCUUGGAUAUCAAGGUGUACAGGGAAUUUGGAAUGGAGUUGAUGCUUUGAAUAAUCAAAACAGAGUUAUAGCUAAAAGUGAUAAAAUUAGCGAAUCUUGGUUUACUCAAGCUGUGAAAUCAAUUAUAGCAGGCAAAGGUAAAAAAUUCAUUGGUAUACAUAUACCAGAAGAUAGUGAGAAAAAAGCACAAAGAAAACUAUGUUUGAUCGUAUCAGGUUGGUACUUGACUGAAAUUGAAUUUGAAGAAAAACUUCAAUUACUUAUAUCCUUGGGUUAUAUCUCAAAAGCUGCUGGCUGGGCUGUAUUUCAUGGAAAUGUUUCAAAAGCAAUUGAAAUUUUGAGUAAUUCCAAAAGGGAAAAAUUAAGAUUAAUGGCAACUGCAGUAGCUGGGUAUUUGGCUUACAAAAAUACUAAUGUAAAUAGCCCAUGGAAAGAUCAAUGUCGAAAAAUGGCAUCAGAAUUGGAUGACCCUUAUUUGAGGGCUAUAUUUGCAUUUAUUGCAGAUGAUGAUUGGUGGGAUGUAUUAGAUGAACACUCAUUACCAUUAAGAGAAAGAAUUGGAGUUGCGAUCAGAAAUUUAUCAGAUAAAGAUUUAUCAGUAUACCUUAAUAGGAUUGCAGAUACUGUUGUUCAUAAAGGGGAAUUAGAGGGUUUGAUUUUGACAGGGAUUACCCCUAGAGGAAUAGAUCUAUUACAAAGUUAUGUUGACAGAACUAGUGAUGUACAAACAGCAGCAUUAAUUUCUGCAUUCGCGUGUCCCAGAUAUUUUGUUGAUGACAGGGUUAAACAUUGGAUUGACUGCUAUAGAUCUAUGAUGAAUAGUUGGAGUAUGUUUAGUUAUAGAGCAAAAUUCGAUGUUAAUCGAACAAAAUUGUCAAGAACAUUUGAUGGUCAUGCAUCGAUAAAGGCAACUCCCAAACAAGUAUAUUUGCAGUGUAUAAGAUGCAAUAAAAAUAUAUCAAAACCAAAAAAUGCAAUAAAUAAUUCCAUUUCAUCAACAAAUAAUAGUUAUUCCAAUUCAACAACAUUACUGUCAAAUUAUAACACUGUUAAUAAUCAAGUAUUAUUGAAACAAUUUUCCAAAACAAAUAAUAAAAAGAAUGAAUUAUUAAAUCUGUGUCCUCAUUGUGGUGCUCCUUUACCAAGAUGCUCAAUUUGUUUAAUGUCAUUAGGAUCUGAAAUUGAUACUGAUUUUAAUAAAAAAAGUAAUAACUUUAAUUCAAAUUCAUCAAUGAUAAAGAAAAAAAUUGAUAAAAAUUUUAAAAGUUGGUUUAGUUUUUGUUUAAGUUGUAAUCAUUGUUAUCAUGCUUUUCACGCUGAAGAAUGGUUUUCAACUCAUUAUGUAUGUCCAGUCCCAGAUUGUGAAUGUCAAUGUAAUAGUAAAUAA